CCCGCCCCGCGCUGCGGCCGGGGCUCGGCCCCGCUCCGUCCCGCGGCGCAGGGAGCCGGGCCGGUGCCAGGGCUGCCGCCCGGGCCGGGGCCGCAGUCCUGGGCGCCCCUGCGCUGGCCCGCCGCCAUGGCCCGUUUCUCGGCGUUCCUCAACCCCGUCCUGGUGCUCUUCAGCUGCGACCUCUGCCUCGUGCGAGCCAACAGGCCACCAUCCCCUGUCAACGUGACUGUGACGCAGCUGAAGGCAAACUCUGCCACAGUCUCCUGGGACGUCCCAGAAGGAGACGUGGUCAUCGGCUAUGCCAUCUUACAGCAGCGGCAAGAUGGACAGAUGCAGCGCUUCAUCCGGGAGGUAAACACCACCAACCGGGCCUGCGUGCUGUGGGACUUGGCGGAGGAUGCUGAUUACAUCAUCCAGGUGCAGAGCAUCGGCCUGUAUGGAGAAAGCCAGGCCAGUAAGCGUGUCCACUUCCGGACCCUGAAGGAGACUGACCGCCUCCCUUCCAACAGCUCCAACCAAGGUGACAUCACCAUGGAAGGGCUGGACAAAGACAGGCAGCUGCAGACAGGCGAGAUUAUCAUCAUUGUGGCUGUGCUGCUCAUGUGGGCAGCGGUGAUCGCCCUCUUCUGCAGACAGUAUGACAUCAUCAAGGACAACGACUCCAACAACAACAAGGAAAAGACAAAGCCAUCCUCGGAGCAUAGCACACCAGAGCGACCGAGUGGAGGGCUGCUGCGGAGCAAGAAGAAGUCUCCCUCAGUCAAUAUAAUCGAGGUGUAAGUGCAGCACCAGCUCUGCAUCUGGGGUCCUGGGCAUCCUGCCAGAGCCAAAGCAGGCCUUGGAAGAAGAGGCAGCACCAGGCGCCCAGCCUGGAACUCUGCAUGCGAAGAUCCGCAUAUCAGAACUUACGCUUUCCCGAGGGCGCCUGUCCGGGGAUGUGCAUGGAGCCGGCUCCCAGCCGUGCAUGCAGUGCGCGGCCCUGCCCAUCCCGCAUGCCUGGCCCCGCUCCCCUGCCACUGUGGAGCGCGGAGCUGAGAAAGGGUGGGGAGGCCGCACUACCAGCCAUGGGGGGCAAGCUUAGGGGAGCAGAGGGUCUGGUGCGCUGGCUUGAGAGGAGGCAACAUCACUGCGCACUGGCUUGGCCUGGAGCAGACCUUGCUCUCAGCUGCGGUGUCCGGGCUCGGAGGGCUGCCUGUGGAGGGCAGGAGCUGCUCCCCUUUUGGCCCCGAGACUGAGGGGAUGGGGCAGUGCAGGCAUUUGCCCCAGUGCCGCCGGGGAAGUCAUAGCCAGGUGGCAGGAGGGUUUGUCUGUGGGGCUGGGCCCGGCAAGCACAGCUGAAGAGUGGAUCCCUGCUGGAGAACGGGGCUCCGCUGCACCCCAUUGUUGCCAUGCAGGGGCUUCAAGGCCUCUCCCUGCUGCAGGGGACAAAGACACAAAUGAGCUAGUGCUGCCACAGUGCCCGGCCAGCCUGCAGAGCAUGCAGCCAGGACAGGGAGUGCUGGCAGGAGCCGUUCUGUGGGGUGGUGUGAGCCCCACGGAGCUAUGGGAGCAGGCAGUGCCAGGGCAUGGCUGUGGCUUUGCCAUUUCCCUAGUAGGGCUGAGUCCUGACACAUUCAAGCUGUUUGUGGGGGAGCUGCUGAGCACCCUGUGAGCAGUGCGGUGCCUGUGCUGCCUGGAGGAGAUAGCGUGGUGAGGCCCAGCAAGGUCUCAGCAGGCUCGGCAGGAUGUGCGCUGCAGAGUUCAUCACUGCUCUGGGGACAACCCUAGCUUCAACAGUGUCACAUCCUGCUCCUGGCUCCUUCUGUCUUGUGGAGGUAUGGUCGCUGCUGAUGCUCCCGCUCCUGGCUGGUCCCGUGGCCUGCACCAGGUUGGCUGAUGAGACAGACCUGUUGGAAAGGGCUGGCCCUGAAUGCCCAGAGCUGGUGGACCGCUGGCUUGCUGUCAUGUGCCCAGUCUGCCUGCUCGUGUGAAGACAACGUGAACCAUUGACCACCCUGGGGCUGGUGAAGUGGUGAUGUCUGGACUGUGCUUGUUUGCUCCCGAGAGCCUGCAGGCAGAAGUCUGUCACGGGGUAUCUGCACUGCCCUGCACCUGAGGCUGAGGCCAGGCCCAGGCAUGCUCUCUUGCCGGCAGUAGGAGAGAUCAGGGUGAUGUGAGGAGGCUCUCUGCUGCAGAGAUGGCAGCUGGUGCCCUGGCUGCUGCUCUCCCUUCGUGCUCUGCUCUGUGGCCUGUCACUGAGCUGGGGUGCUGGCUCUGCAGCCCUGGACUCAAGCAUCACAGGAUCCAGCGUCUUCCAGGAAUAAACCUCCCAGUAAAGCACUUUCAGGACUCUUCCUUCCAGGUGCUGCUCAGCUCCUGCUGCAGGACUAGGUGGGGAAGGAUGGGAUAAGCGACUCCCUGUGGCAGGGUCUUUUCAAUAAAAGCAUCCUGGCUCAAAGGCA